CUGAGGCUGGGACUGUCACUCAUUCUCCGCUCAGCGCGUGAACGCAGCUCGGCAGUGGCUGGCAAGAAACAAUUCUGCAAAAAUAAUCAUACCCAGCCUGGCAAUUGUCUGCUCCUCGGUCCAUUGCUCCGCCGCCGUCCACAGUCGCUUGCAAGGGGAAGGCACUGAAUUUACCGCGGCCAGAACAUCCCUCCCAGGCGGCAGUUUACAAUGCUGCGAACUAAGGAUCUCAUCUGGACUUUGUUUUUCCUGGGAACUGCAGUUUCCCUGCAGGUAGAUAUUGUUCCCAGCCAAGGAGAAAUCAGCGUUGGGGAGUCCAAAUUCUUCCUGUGCCAAGUGGCAGGAGAUGCCAAAGAUAAGGACAUCUCCUGGUUCUCCCCCAACGGGGAGAAGCUGAGCCCAAACCAGCAGCGGAUCUCAGUGGUGUGGAAUGAUGACGACUCCUCUACCCUCACCAUCUACAAUGCCAACAUCGAUGAUGCUGGCAUUUACAAGUGUGUGGUCACCGCUGAGGAUGGCACCCAAUCUGAGGCCACUGUCAACGUGAAGAUCUUCCAGAAGCUCAUGUUCAAGAAUGCACCAACUCCGCAGGAGUUUAAGGAAGGGGAAGAUGCUGUGAUUGUCUGUGAUGUGGUCAGCUCUCUGCCCCCAACCAUCAUCUGGAAACACAAAGGCCGAGAUGUCAUCCUGAAAAAAGAUGUCCGGUUCAUAGUCCUAUCCAACAACUACCUGCAGAUCCGGGGCAUCAAGAAAACAGAUGAGGGCACUUACCGCUGUGAGGGCAGGAUCCUGGCCCGGGGGGAGAUCAACUUCAAGGACAUUCAGGUCAUUGUGAAUGUACCACCCACUGUCCAGGCCAGACAGAGUAUCGUGAAUGCCACUGCCAACCUGGGCCAGUCUGUCACCUUGGUGUGUGAUGCUGAUGGCUUCCCAGAGCCCACCAUGAGCUGGACAAAGGAUGGGGAACCCAUAGAGAAUGAGGAGGAAGAUGACGAGAAGCACAUCUUCAGUGAUGACAGCUCUGAGCUGACCAUCACGAAUGUGGACAAAAACGACGAGGCCGAAUAUGUCUGUAUCGCUGAGAACAAGGCUGGCGAGCAGGAUGCCUCCAUCCACCUCAAGGUCUUUGCAAAGCCUAAAAUCACCUAUGUAGAGAAUCAGACAGCCAUGGAACUAGAGGAACAAGUCACUCUGACCUGUGAGGCCUCCGGAGACCCCAUCCCCUCCAUCACCUGGAGAACGUCCACCCGAAACAUCAGCAGUGAAGAAAAGGCAUCGUGGACUCGACCAGAGAAGCAAGAGACUCUGGAUGGGCACAUGGUGGUACGAAGCCAUGCCCGUGUGUCCUCCCUGACCCUGAAGAGCAUCCAGUACACAGAUGCUGGAGAAUAUAUCUGCACUGCCAGCAACACCAUCGGCCAGGACUCCCAAUCCAUGUACCUUGAAGUUCAAUAUGCUCCCAAGCUCCAGGGCCCUGUGGCUGUAUACACGUGGGAAGGGAACCAGGUGAACAUUACCUGUGAGGUCUUCGCCUACCCAAGUGCCACCAUCUCCUGGUUCCGAGAUGGUCAACUGCUACCAAGCUCUAACUACAGCAACAUCAAGAUCUACAACACCCCUUUGGCUAGCUACCUGGAGGUAACCCCUGAUUCAGAAAAUGACUUUGGAAAUUACAACUGUACAGCAGUGAACCGUAUUGGACAGGAGUCCUUGGAAUUCAUCCUUGUUCAAGCAGACACGCCAUCUUCUCCAUCCAUUGACCGAGUGGAACCAUACUCCAGCACAGCACAGGUGCAAUUUGAUGAGCCAGAGGCCACAGGUGGCGUGCCCAUCCUCAAAUACAAGGCUGAGUGGAAGUCGCUGGGUGAAGAAGCAUGGCAUUUCAAGUGGUAUGAUGCCAAAGAAGCCAACAUGGAAGGCAUUGUCACCAUCAUGGGCCUGAAACCUGAGACAAAGUACUCGGUACGGCUGGCGGCCCUCAACGGCAAGGGGCUGGGCGAGAUCAGUGCAGCCACUGAGUUCAAGACACAGCCAGUCCGGGAACCCAGUGCACCCAAGCUGGAAGGGCAGAUGGGAGAGGACGGGAACUCCAUCAAGGUGAACCUGAUCAAGCAGGAUGACGGAGGCUCCCCCAUCAGACACUAUCUGGUCAAGUACAGAGCGCUCGCCUCCGAAUGGAAACCAGAAAUCAGGCUCCCAUCCGGCAGUGACCACGUCAUGCUCAAGUCCCUGGACUGGAACGCCGAGUACGAAGUAUUUGUGGUAGCUGAGAACCAGCAAGGAAAAUCUAAGGCAGCUCAUUUUGUGUUCAGGACCUCAGCCCAGCCCACGGUCAUCCCAGCCAAUGGCAGCCCCACCACAGGCCUGAGCACAGGCGCCAUUGUGGGGAUCCUCAUUGUCAUCUUCGUCCUACUCCUGGUGGUCAUGGACAUCACCUGCUACUUCCUGAACAAGUGUGGCCUGCUCAUGUGCAUUGCUGUUAACCUGUGCGGCAAAGCUGGGCCCGGAGCCAAGGGCAAAGACAUGGAGGAGGGCAAGGCUGCUUUCUCGAAAGAUGAGUCUAAAGAACCCAUUGUGGAGGUCCGAACAGAGGAGGAACGGACUCCAAACCAUGACGGAGGGAAGCACACGGAGCCCAACGAGACCACGCCGCUGACAGAGCCCGAGAAGGGUCCUGUAGAAACAAAGUCUGAGCCCCAGGAGUCAGAAGCAAAGCCAGCGCCAACUGAAGUCAAGACGGUCCCCAAUGAAGCCACACAAACAAAAGAGAAUGAGAGCAAAGCAUGAUGGGUACCAAGCAACAAGCAAAGAUCAAAAUAAAAAAUGACACAGCGGCUUCACCAGAGCAUCCCCAAAUAAUCUCUUCCCCCCCCCUUCUCUCUCUCUCUCUCUCACACACACACACACACACACACACACACACUCACUCAUUCCUCUAGUGUCUUUUGCCUUUAAAAAAAGAAACAACAAAAACAGAUAAACAUGGGAUUGCCUUUUUGUAGGUUUCUAGAAAGGGCUCCUUUGUUGCACACUCACUUGUUAAGAAAAAGAGACAAAAAGGUUAAACACACAGCCAAACUAGGACACUCUGUUCCCUGAAACCAUUCAAAAAUCAAACAAAAGGGCCCCAAAUUAAGAAUCUAGGAAGCUCAGAUUGAAGAAGAAAAAAAAAGAAAAGAAAAAAAUCUAAGCUCGGAAAGGCUGCAAUUGGUGUUACCCAAUUGGCACAGAUUAGUUUCAGAAAAAAAUGCUUCCAAGAACUUAGACUAACCGAAUGAACCAAGUCCACAGAUUAUUUUUAUACUUUCAGUCAAGUUGGGACUCUGUAGAACCUCACAAAUAAGUUAUACUUUCCGUUCACUUUGUAUUUGUUCUGUAUGCAAAGUGUGGCACUCUAGCUAGCUGCGUUCAGUUCCCACGUAGACUCCUGUUUCUUAGGAAGAAUGCCAAAUCACAGCUUAUUCGACUUCUUUCGUUUUGGUUUUAUUUUUCCUCCACUGUUUCUUUCCCUUUCUUCCUCUCUUCCAAGGUUGCUUUCCAGUGUUUACAAGUUGACAGACGUUUGACUUUGGUUGUGUUUAAUGUCCGUGUAAAAUAGCUGCCCCCCCCACACCCGUGUUUUUUCUUUAAGCAACAGAUAUCCCAUAGAGGCAGGUAGAAUCCUCCCAGGUUGCUUUUAGCACGGGUGAAGGUUACAAAAGACGAUUGUUUACAGUGGCUCUAUCUCCCCAACCAUCCCCCACCCACUGCAGUUUUUACCUGUGUCAAACUGGGGUGAAAGCCUCUCCUUCUGAAAUGAUUUUGCCUUUUUUUUUCCUGUUUAAUUCUGUUGCUAUUUCUUAGGGGGAGAUGGGGAAUGUUAGACCACUUUCUGAUGAG